AUGAAUCCAAUGGGUGCAGCAGGGAGGAAGAGCAUGUCGACGGUAGCCAAGGUCGUCGCUGAAAUUGUCAGUGUCGGCAAAACCAAGCACCGAAAAGCUACUAGUGAGCUCGGCACCUACAUGGGAAUCCCUCAUCACUCUCGUUCCGAAAUCGCCUCCAUCAUUUCAAAGUUCAUCAAACUCUACAGUUUCAGGAGUCCUGGUAUUAAGAAAGACAAGCUUUGGGAGCAGAAUCUGCAAACACUGUUGCGUGGCAGAAAUAGCGUUGGUUUUCCCGAGAUUGCUAAGGUUUUGUCUCCGGAAUUCUGCCAGGGUGCGAUUAAUAUCAAGGAUACUAAUAUGGAUUCUUCCACGGAUAACACUAAGGGGAAUAGCUCACAGAAGAAAGGGGAAAAGAAAUAG